AUGAUCGACAAGUCCAGAUUCUUCAAGUUGUUGAAAGAUAAAUCACAAAUUCACAGGGCAAACUUUGUGGUGAAUCAUGUUCAAUAUUCAACUCAUCCCUCUUCUAAGCCUGUCUUUGGUCUAGAGCAGAUGAAAUAUAACCCACCUAAAAUUACUACCAAUCUAUUUUAUAAAGUGGUAUCUCUGGCAACACUUCUCACUGGAGGUGCUAUUUGUUAUAGCUGGUCUGACAACAGUUAUAAGGAGACUACUCUAUUCAGUGGCUCACCAGCUAAGAUUAGAACCAUUCCUGGUCAAGCAGUAGACUUUACUUACACUGUGGAGAGUGUGACUGGACCUCUCACGAAGACCUUCAAACAUCUCUUGCUUUCUGAAGCAGAAGCAGAGGCAAAGCUCACAUUUGGAGAAAAUGGAGUUACAGUUGCUAGAGGAGGAAAUGGUGUCAAGGCUUGGGAGGUGAACAGUUUGCCAGCAGGAGACAUAAGUGAAGAUAGGUUCUCAGCAGAUCUCAUUACCAAGUCAGACUUGAAAGAACUCCUUGAAAAAGAAGGUUUUUUCUGGCUCAAGUGGUGGGAUACAAGGACCAAACUGUAUCCUAAGAAAGAAGGCAGUGAAGUAAUUGAUGGAGAUGGGAAAGAGGACAUCAUGAUGUUCAGUGUAUUUGAUGGACAUGGUGGAUCCCAUGUGUCUGAUUUGCUCAAUAAGACUGUUCAUGGCUGCUUGGCUUGGAAUAUAGGCAAAUCACUAUGGGAAGAACAGGGCAAAGGAGCAUGGGUUGCUAAUUCAUGUCCUAGCAAGAAUCAGACAGAACUGUCAUUGGAUAACCCUUGGACAAAGCAUAUUACAGGUAAUGGGAAUUCAAACUCAUUUGUUGAGAUGAUGAGCACAACCUUUUUGGCAAUAGAUCAAGACAUCAUCCAAUCUAAAUACUCAAUCAUUAGGGAUUCCACCAAGAAUGGUUCUUCCAAUCUACCACCCAACCUUCCUCCACAUGCCCCCAGUCUCCUUACAACGUCAACAUUAUUUGACAACGGAGCUUGCGCAGUCACAGCAGUUGUUGAUGUUGCAGCAGAUAAGUUAUAUGUUGCUAAUGUAGGAGAUACAAGAGCCAUUGCUGGUUGGUGGAACCCAGAAAACAGGGAGUGGAUGUGUGAUGUUUUGACUGCAGAUGCAACAUGUGAUAAUGAACAAGAAUCACAAAGAAUCAAGCAAGAACAUCCAGCAGAUGAGAAAGAUACAGUCAUCUAUGAGGAUCUCAAAGCGGGAGCAAGAAUUCUUGGGGGCUUGCAACCUUCCAGAGCAUUUGGAGAUGAUGCAUACAAAAUUGACCACGAGGAGUUUAAAGACUUUGGACGUAUGCUCAAUCAAAGGGAGCCAUCUAAGAGGUGGAAAUGGUUUGAAGAGUGUCCCAAUAAGACACCUCCAUAUGUCACUGCAAAACCUGAAGUGAUAGAGCGGGAUAUUCAUCCUGAAAAUGGCAAUGAACUCAAGUUUAUACUCCUUGCUACAGAUGGAUUAUGGGAUAGGUUGACCUCUGAGGAAGCUUCCUAUUUGCUUGUUGCUCAUUUGAGUCACAAUUCUCAUGAAGAUAUCGCUAAAACAGAAAUUUUGUCUGCAUUUCCACACUCCUCUUUUGCCUCUAAGGAGAAACAUCCAUUUCCAAAAGAAGAAAUGAGUAUGGACGGGAAGUGGGUUUUUCAAGAUGCUAAUUCUGCAACACACCUGAUCAGAAACAGUCUUGGAGGAGAUGAUAAAGACCUGAGAAGGCAGUUCUUGAGUCUAAGAAAUCCAGGUGCCAGAUCGGCUAGAGAUGAUAUCACUGCAAUGGUUGUUUGGUUUGAUGAUGCCAAGGGAAAAAGUAACAAAGGCGCGGAGGGAAGUGUUGGAAUUUGA